AUUACUUAUCAACUAUUCCUUUCUCGUUGAAAAAAGAAAAACCUCUAUACAAAUUUAUAUCCAAACAAGAUCAUACACAUUUUUUUCCUAAUAUAAUCAUGGCCAAUGGUUUAGCCCAUGUCGAUGUUGGGGACAUCAGACGUUUUAAUUGGAUGCGGAAUGAAAAGAAUGAACUGAUUUGUGGAAUCGAACGUCACGAAGACAAAUUUGUAAGGGCCAGUGAAUUUUCAGGUUCAGACAUUGAAAGCUAUUGCGAAAAAAUGCAGAUAUCAGAAUUGGUUAAAAAGGCAAUAAAUUUGUCAGUUAGACUUAAUGUAGCUAAACCUGACGAGGAAAGACGUCUGCUGCACAAAGAUGUCCCAGAAAUAUAUAGAAGAUACAACAAUGUUGUCUGGCCACAAACUGGAAGUGGGAUCAUUAAACAUAUACAGACAAACGAUUCUCCUAAAGUGGAAGUUUGUACAGCCAAACACGUGGUCUUCAACGACGAUGAAGCUAAGAAAACCAGGUGCAGGCUGUAUUAUGAUAGUAGAGAGCACAGAAAGGUUGUUUUAACAGGAGCUACAGAAUCAGCCUCAGAUCUCAACAAUGAUUGGUGUAAAUUCCUUUGCGACGUCGACAGCCAAGAGAUAGAACAAAUCAAAGAGAAUUUAGAAACGUUUGAGAGAGAAUUGGGGAAUAAAAAGCGAAAGAAAAUGAACAGAAAAAGAAAAGUAAUUUUAAUCUCCCAUCCACAUGGAGGUUAUAAAUAUAUUUCUAUGGGAGAUCAAAUUAUAGAAAAAAAUGGUAUCAAAUAUGACACACCAUCCUGCAAGGGUUGUAGCGGCGGCUAUAUCAUUCCAGUUGGAUAUAUUGAUAAAGGUACAUAUGUUCACAAUGGCUCUAAUUACCAAGGUGAUAAAAGAUUGUAUGGUUAUGCGAGCGGUUUGAUUCCAGUAGUUAAAAAUUAAUGGACGCUGUGCUGAACACUUAGAGUUCUAUAGUUUUGUUUUUACAUUUACAAUAUUCAUUUCAUUACUUAUGUAUACUGUUGGUCAUAAUAACAUUUUUGUUUUAUUAUUUCCCAAAAAAGCUUUCAGUGUAUACGUUUUUGAUAUAUUAUAAAAGCUCGUGUGUCUGUCCAAUGUUAUACUAUUAUUGAAAAUAUUUCAAAAUAAUGACUAUUGAAACUUAGAAUGCACUUUAGACACGGAUUUAUUGUCACCAUGGUACAUCCUCUUAGUCUUGUGUGACGUGAGAGUUAUAUCUCUUUUCUUCUGAAUCAAAAGUGCACUCUUGAGUUGUCGCGGAUGCGAUCAAACCAUCAUCUAGUUUGUAGAAGACUUGCAUAUAGAGGGGUCGAUUUGCCCAUGUCACACAACGCAAUAUCAAUCUUAAUGUAUCCCUUUAGUGGAGAAUCGUAAUAGGGCGCAAGUUCAACCCUUAUGGACACUCGACAAAGCUAUGUCUUUUCAUGUUUUCCAGCAUUGGUUCUCUCUGGGACCAUUAAACUAUCUCAGUUACCAUUGUAUUGAAGUUGUACAAUAUAAAAGUUAACAUGUUGCAACAUUCGCAUCGCAUUCACUGGUGUCCAUUUAGUAAAGUAAAAAUUGUAUUAUAUGUAUAUAUAUAUAUAAAUACAGAGAGAGAUAAAUAGAUAGAUAGAUAUAAAUAUCGAUAAAUAGAUAUAGAUAUCUUUAUUGUAUUUUAGAUAUAUGGUAAUAAUAGUUUAUAUUAAAUGUAUAUUUAAUAUAAUGUGUACUCGUAUCGAUUGUCAAUGUAAUUUUUUCUGAACGUGUGUGAGAGAGAGAGAUAGAUAGAUAGAUGAGAGAGAGAGAGAGAGAGAGAGAGAGAGAGAGAGAGAGAGAGAGAGAGAGAAUGCUUUGAAGGAUGUUAGGUUGUUCCUACUAUUAAUUCUGGACUCGGUAAAGAUAAGUCUUUAUAAUGUAAAUAACAUACGGAAAUAAAAAAAAAACUUCUUUGUAUCAUAACAAUUCCAUUAAUAAAAUCAUUACACAACUUAUUCCUGUCAUGUCUGUCAUUGAUAUAAUGCCUAAAGCGGAAUACAAGCUUAUCAACGACUCCUGUCUCGAGUGAGGCUCUGCCCAGGAUUCAUUGCUUUUGAAGUUUUCCAGGUGAGACGGGUAAGAAUCUGUCGUAACAAAUUGAGACACGCUUUGGACUUGAAGACUGCACAUUUCGAGCAGAUGUUUCAGUCUUUUUUGCUGCAAGAUCUAAUAGGCCAGCGUUUUUUUUUCUCUAUUGCCUAAAGUCUAGUUCCUCUUUCAUACCUUGCGAUCUAUAGGGCAGACGAUGUAAUAGUCAUCUGUUUCUGUGGCCAGCACAACGACUAACCGCCUUUACUUUUCCCCAACUAGUGUUAAGCACCCAUUAAAGCUGGGAGGACACAUCUGUAAGUGGACACAUCUGUAACUGGACUCAGGGUAACUAGAACCAAUGACUGACGCAUGGGAUACAAUGCAAACUAAUGUCAUUGAUCGUGUCUAUACCGGAGGCGAAGUUGGUAUCAAAAUCGGUCUUUGUGAAGAAUUUCUAAAUUUUCUAAAAGCUGGGGAUUUAAGCACAUUACGUCUAGCUCCAGAUUUCCACAAUCUAAUGGUACGGCAGAACGGGCCAUACAAACAGUGAAACAGCUUCUAAAUAAAGCUAGAACGUCGGGUCAAGACCCAUAUAUGGCGCUCUUGCAAUUUCGAAAUGCUCCAUGCCCUGAUGGACCUUCACCUGCACGGCUGCUCAUGUGCCGCCGUCUGAGGACAAAUCUUCCGACAACGGAGGCCUAUCUCAGACCUCAAAUCCCAGACAAAAAAGAAAAUACUUGGAAAACAAGAAAAAGUAAUCAAGGAAAAUAUUAUAACAAAACAGCGAGACGCACCGAGCGACCACACAUUCAGCCUGGGAGCAAAGUGUGGAUACAAAAGAAGCCUUGCGAUUUAUGGGAACCAGCAGUGGUCAUCUCAGAAGCGGAGACCCCGAGAUCUUACUGAGUAAAAACACCGAAUGGGAUAACAUACCGAAGAAAUAUAAGAAUGUUAAGAGACACAUGUACAAAAUCAAGGGGCAGGCCUGAUAUUUUUGAAAUGGACACCCCCAGAGACAGUCAUUAAUGGUCAGACUACACAGCCAGAGAACGUGAGCGAUACAAAUGUGCAACAGGAACAGACUAUCACUACCAAUCCGCCGCCAGUAAUAACUCGAUAUGGCAAGGCAUGUUCGGCCACAAGUACGUUACCCUGACGCAAAUAAUUAGAUACAUGUAUACCUUUUUAUUAUUAUGCAAUUUCUAUAUAAUUAAUGUAUAUUUGUAAACCAAUUAUCUUAUUAAUCUUACUACACAUUUUAUAAUUUAUAUUGUUACUAUUGAUAAUAUUAUCAAUUGAAAAUUAUGUUGUGUUAAACAUGUAUUCAGUUUACUAAUUUGUUUAUAGAAAUCAUUUGUAUAGUCGAUUGAUAUCUCAAAACUUUCAAGGAGGGAGAUGAUAGUAAGUGUAUGUGUUUUGCAUGGCUCGUAGUGCAGUGUGUGUGCCUGUGUAUGAAAUGACCAGUGGACCUUGAGUGUACUACAUGGUUGAGUGAACAGCAGUGUGUCAGGACUGUGUGUAAAAGGAGGUCAAAUUAGAGAACAAGUGGCUGGAGUAAAGAACAUAAAUAGAGACUAAUAAAAUCAUUGUGUUUAUUGAA